AAAUUUUUUCACAACAGAGAGUUUCGAAUUUUGGUAGGAAUCAAAAUUUUAUUUAUUUUGCGUAAAUAGUAUAAAUGUGCUAAGUGGGACCACAGCGAACGUGGACACUUACUUCAAACAACAACUCUACAGAACGUUGUUGUUUGUGCACGCCAGCGGUAGAGAAAGAAGUUUUCCAUUUAUAAUCGAAGAAGACAUUACUACCAAUGGGAAAUAAGAAGCUACCUUGUUGCCGCUGCGGUGGAACCGGAAUUUAUUGUCAGGUCUUAUGCUGCAAAUCACCGUGUCCGCCAAGUUGUCCACCUAAGAAACCAAAGUGUCCACCUGAUCCACCAAGCUGUUGUCCGCUAAAGCCCAAGCCACCAUGCUGCCCAUCACCAUGCUGCCCACCAGCAUGUUGCAGUCUGCCAUGCUGCAUUCUGCCAUGUUUUUGUCCAUCAAGCUGCUAUCCACCUAGACCAAAGCCAUGCUGUAAGCCACCACCAGACUGUGGACCGCCAUGUGAGAAGAAGCCUAGUUGUAGUCCACCGUGCUGUAUGCCUUGUUGUGGUCCACCAUGUUGUGGCCCACCUUGUUGUGGUCCACCAUGUUGUGGUCCACCAUGUUGUGGUCCACCAUGCUGUUUACCUCCUAGCUGCUUACCUUCUGGACCGUAUUGUAAUACUUACGCGAGUACCGAUGUUCCCAUUACACGUUAUAAUCAACCAGACAAAUGCUUCCCUUAAUGGGAGGGAAAAUAAAUGAGGUGUGGAAUGAAUGCAAGUAGAGCUCUUUUAGUUGGCAACAAGAAAUAUUUUGAAGAGGGGAAUUUUUUAGUGCAUGGAGGUACUACCUCAGCUUACUAAUUAAAAAAUUUUGAGAGCAUUAAAUGGAAAUCAGUGUUUG